ACCCCCAAAAAUGGAAAACGGCCAUCAAAGUACGUUAAACUCACGAAGACAAACGUGGAAACACAAGAUGAAAACCGGUGUGAGAAUUGCGUGUGGCUGGAAGAAAUAUUUGAAACAAAAAUAGAUAAGAAAUUUCAGGAAAUAAAAGAUUCAAUAUCACAACUACAUUCAUUCGUAACAGAGGAACUAAAAAAUUCGACCACUCUUCAAAAUACAGUUGUAAUGGAAGCAUUAGCUGAACAAAAUGUUCUUAUAAAAAAGCUAUUAAUUCAAGACACAGAGAACUCAACCAUGUCGGGUACAUUCCCCAUAAAAGACGACGACACGCUAAAAGAAUUGGAUGAAAAUAUAUACGAAUCCAACACUAAAAGCUAUGUCAAUAUGGUGAAAAAAAUUAUUUCCAGUAAUUUACAGAAAAAUAUUGACUUGAUUUUCGAGCCGGAAUUCAUUUAUGAGUACAACACGGACGGUAGUCAUGGAAAGAAGCGGUUGAAGGACUUCAAGCUGUAUAAAGUCGUCAAAGAUGCCGUUGCAACGUUAUAUGGUGUAGAAGAGGCUGAGGAGAAGAUUCGAAGGGCGAUCCAUCUGUCGAAAAAGCGCUAUUUGAAAAAAAUACUUAUAAGUAAACGAAACCAAAGUGACGAUUAAAGUAGUCUUAUACAGUAACUUACAAAAGUAAGCAUGGAGUGAUUUUUUUACAAUAGUUAUUGAAAUUAU